AUGAAAGAAAACGAAGAAAUUAAAAAAGAGAAUGAGCAAGCAAAAAGAGAUGUACGAAAUUUAACCAGUAGAGUUGAAUAUUUAGAGAAAGAAAGCAAAAAAGACAACGUGGUUAUAACCGGUGUUAAGAUAGAUACACAGGACUCAGACAUUUUAAAAGAGGUGAUGGAAAACCUGAUUGAGAAGACCAUGAAUAUAAAAGUGGAUAUUAAAACAGCUGUAAAAUUAGGAGAGGAAAAAUGUUUACUUAAUGGCAACUCAUUGAAAUGUGUUUUUCCGACGAAGCAAUAUUUACACCGUAAAGGAACGAUAUACAAGAAUGUGGUGAGACCUGCGUUGGUAUACGGCUGUGAAGUGUGGUCUAUAAAGAAGAUUCAGGAAAAGAAGAUGCGAAGUAGCUGCAAUGGAAAUGUUACGGGGGAUGCUGAUGCUAUAGCCAGAGUGACUAUAGUCUCAAAAAAGAUUCAAGACCAAAUACUGCAAUGGUUCGAUCAUGUUAGACGUAGAAAUGAAAAGUAUGUGGGACGAAUGAAAGAGCUGUUAGAAGGUGAUGAAAGGAGAGGUAGGGGAAAACCGAGGGGAAAAUGGAAGCAGUGUAGUAGGGGACUUGAGAGAGAAAGGUUUAGGUUAAGAACACACGAUGGACAGAAAUAA